CAAGUCAGUUCAAGUAGAAACGAUAAAAGCGUGUCGUGUAAACUUCGCUUUCGUAUUAUACACAUGUUUUUGUUGCAAUUAUUUGAGAGACACAGUACACAGAAUUUCACAGACAAAUGUAUAUGUCACGUCUUAACUUUUGCGAUUUUCAACUACAUAUUAUAUAAUAUUUAAAUAAUACGAUUUUGUAUUAUAAACAGUAUUUAAUCAAGGUAUUCAUAAUGAAUCGUCUCAGAUAUCUUUUAGAUAGGACUUCAUGUGUCGAGUUAAAAAGGUUAAAAUCUUCAUUAUCAGUAUCAAAUUCUAAAGUUAAAAUACCAGCUAGAAUACAACGUGGUCCUACGGAUAUUUUAGAGGUUCUUGAACAGACAAUACCAAAAGAUUCUGGUAACAUCAGUUAUUUGUACCAUGAUGAUCCUUAUUUAUAUCCACUGAGGAGAACAGAGUAUCGUUCUUUUGCAUUAUCAUAUGAGGCAGGCAGAAAAGCUGCAAAAUGGAUUCAUAAUGAACACAAAGAUUUGUUUCCAAAACAUCUCUCAGAGCCAGAAAUUGAAGCAUUUACACCACUCCCAACAUAUACUGAUAAAAGUCAAGUAUCAGAAGAAAUACUUCUACAUACCAUAUCCAAGCGUAUAGUGCCUGAUGCUUUGCAUAUCUAUAAGUUGUUAGACUAUAAUGUUUCUAAUGAUACAAAACAAAUACUUUUAGAAUUAUUGUGUUUUUAUAACAAUGAAAUCAAUUCACAGAGUAAUUCACGUUUAGAAGAGUGGUUUACUACAAAGCAGGAUAAAUAUGUUUGGCAGUAUAAGCCAGAAAUCUAUGAACUGUUUGAAUUUUUAAAAACGCAAGAUUCUUCAACAGCAGCAGCAGCUUAUAACGCUAUGAUAUGUGGUUUAGCAAAACAUUCAAGAAUAAAUGAAGCCUGGAUAUUGUACAACGAAUGCAAAGAGAAAGAUAUUCCAUUAAAUAUUACUACUUACAAUUAUUUAUUGACGCUGAUUCCAGAAAAUUUUGGUUAUAAGCAUGAACUGAAAAUGAAACAUCUUUUGGAUAUUCUUAAUACAAUAAAUAAGAAAAGGAUUAAACCAAAUGUUAGAACAUUGAAUGCUGCCCUUAAUGUGAUUAGAGUACAAAUGAAGAAUGAUGAAGAUAUUGCAUUCCGUUUGAUUAUGGACUUCAAACGAAUGAAUAUAAAAUUUUCCCCAGCAUCGUAUUAUUAUAUUAUAAUUAUAUCUACGCAAAACAAUAAAAAUGCGCAAGAUAUUUUCGUAGAUAUUCUACGCUCAAUAGAAAAUAGAAGUUUUAGUAUUGAAGAUCCAAUGGAUGAUAAAUUUUUUAAACAUGCUAUGUAUAUGGCUUCUACUUUCUGCAAUAGAGAAGCUGGUGAUAUGAUUCAUAAGCUUCUUCUGACAGGAGACAAUUAUAAUUUCAUUUCAUCUGCUGGAAUAGAAACCAGUUAUUACAUUUCGUAUAUAUCAUUAGUAUUAUCAACAAGUACAGUUGAUGAGUUUUUCGAAUUUUACAAAAAACUUGUUCCAAACAUAUAUGUGCCAACAACACGCUGUUUUCUAGAAAUCGUACAACAUUUAAAAUAUCAUUCACCAGCAAUUGUAGUGAAAUAUCUACAGAGAUUAUGGUUAGACAUACAUAGUCUAUGUUACACAGACCUUUCAUUGAAACUUGAAGUAUUAUCUUUAAUGAAAAUGGAUGUUUUACCUGCUGAUUCACCUUUAAAAACGGUUUUUAUGGAUGCAGCUUGGGAUUGUUGGCAAGCUAUCCAGACAGAGAUCAAAACAAAACGAGAAACAUAUUCUCCACUUAAAAAUGCCACAACAGCUUGUAUAGCAGCAAUAUUGUUGCAUGGUGGUCGUAUAGAAGAGAGUAUUGAAGUUUUGACAUAUAUUGUUAAAGAAUCAGAUUUAUUUCUUCCAACAAUGAAAGAAAAACAAGUGAAUGAAUUAUUUGAAAGUUAUAUUUCAAAAGAAUGUAUUUUGGGAGCUUUUCUUAUUCUCGAGUAUUCUGUAAAUUCAGGAUUUCCAGAUAUUGCUAAAAUGGCUACAGAAUUACACAAUCUUCCACAAUUAACGGAUGCUUAUCGCAAGGAAUUGAUUGAUUUAGUUGGGGCGGAAGCAUUAAAUUCCUCUAAUACCGAAAAAUCAAAUUAAUUACGAAAAAAUUAUGUUAAUUAUGUAAUUACGUACUCUCUUUCUUUGUUAUUGUUCUUGCAAUUGUAAAUCUAAAUGUUGCAUUGAGCUAUAUAAAAUUUAUAAAACUGA